AUGAGCACGAACACAUUGAGCAGCGUAUUGCUAGCUACAGCCCAAGUGCGGGUAAAAUCCUUACAUCUAGAAUAUAUAACAUUACGGGCUUUAAUUGAUCAAGGUUCGCAGAUAACCUCUAUAAGCGAAGAAGCAGCACAAAUCCUCCAAUUACCCAGGAAGAAAACUGAGGUUAAACUACAAGGCCUGGGACAAACAGUGGUAGGAGUUGCAAAAGCAAAAAUAAACUUAGAAAUACAUCCGAGAUUUCUAAGCAACGAGAUGAUAACAGCAGAGGCAUUAAUAUUACCAAAAUUAGUGGCAACUCAUCCCGAUGUAUCAUUUAAUUAUGAUGUGCAAAAAUGGAAAAACUUCAAUUUAGCAGAUCCCAAUUUCAACAAAGCAGAUAGAAUUGAUAUUGUUAUUGGUGCCGACUUAUUCUCGCAAAUAUUGGAAGACGGUGUACAUCGUGAAGAGAAAAUUCUUGGGCAAAACACUAAGUUGGGUUGGAUUCUAUCUGGCGUGAUCCGAGUAAACCAUAAAAGCAAUACAAAAUCAGUAGCUACUACCAACAUUGAAAGGUUCUGGGAAAUCGAGGAAAUAGAGGAGGAAAAUUCCCCAGACGAGGAAGAUAAAUGCCUAAAACUAUAUUCUGAAACAACAAGAAGAGAUGAAGAUGGUAAAUUUAUCGUAAGACUACCAUUUUUAGAAGAUUGCGAGCUUGGCGAUUCUUACAAGAGGGCGAUGGCUCGAUUGAUGAGUCUAGAGGCGGCUAAAAGAAAAUCCAUUACUAAAUAA